AAGAGAGAGAAGACACUUAGAGAAAAAAACCCGACAAAAUCAGAGGUAAAGUGUGGAAAAAGGGAGGGAGGAAAGGAGAGUGGUGACUUGUUGGACCAAAGAGGCAGAGAAAUAAAGACGUGUAGCGAGACAGAAAAAGGGGGGGGGAGGAGAGCGGAGAGCAGCACACUAUAGAAACAAGAGAAAGCGAGGAACUGUUGAGCGUGACAGACUGACAGACAGCUGGCCCGGCAACCACAGAGAAAGAUGCACUCCUUCCUGCUGCUGGGCUGCUUCGUCCUCGCCACCACAGAGUUCCUCCACGGCUCUGCCCACAUGAUCCCCGACGAGAGGCUUUCCACCAAUAGGGUCGUUGUAUCGAAUGUUCUGUCUCAAAGCCUAGAGGUCGGCUCCCCCCCUGUGGUUAUUGUUGAGUUACCCAAAUCAGCCAAGAAGAACAAGAAAGCAAAGAAACAGAAGAAGAACAAGUUCGGUGUGCAGCGCCCCCCUCCUCCUGCUAACUGCAUUCCCUUGUGGGGAAGCUGUAAAUCUCCAGGCAAUGUGUGCUGUGAUUUCUGUGCCUUCUGCCAGUGUCGGCUCUUCAGGACUGUGUGUUACUGUCGGAUGGGGAACCCUCGCUGCUGAGCGUCCGGCUGCCGCUUGAGCAGCGAACAGAACCACACUUCACGCUAAAGCUAACCUCGGGGAGCGCGGCCGCUCGCUUCCUGGGUUUGGUCCUUGAUCUGCAACUUUGCCUAAACUUCACUGCAUGAAAGCACUUUAUCACAGAGGACUGCAGCACAGUGAACCCUCUAAACUCUGACAGGGUGUAAUGCUUGUAGCACUGCUAUGAAACUCACAAAUAAAAUGUUUAUAAAAUGUAUUGUACUUUGAGCUUUAGCAUGCAGAAACAGAAUCUAUUUGCUUAAAUAAUUUUAUAUAUUGCUUUAUUUUUUACACAGAAAUACGUAAAUGUGCAGUAUCACACUUUAAUGGGUAUCAAAUAUUUUAAGAA